UUGUUUUUUGUUUUUUUUUUGACGCGUAUUUACCGGUGUACAAACUAAAAAUUCACGACGCUCUAAAAACGUUUAACAAUAAUAAAUAAUAUUUUAAAUAUUAUUAGACAGUUUUUGUUAAAUAAAAAUACAUCAAAAUGAGCAAAGCACAUCCCCCAGAAUUAAAAAAAUAUAUGGAUAAAAAAUUAUCAUUGAAAUUGAAUGGAGGAAGACACGUUAUUGGCAUUCUUCGAGGUUUUGAUCCAUUCAUGAACAUGGUCAUUGAUGAAAGUGUUGAAGAGUCCAAAGAUGGUUCACAAAAUAGCAUUGGAAUGGUUGUAAUUCGAGGUAACAGUGUUAUUAUGCUGGAGGCACUGGAUCGAAUAUGAUUAUUAAUUAAAAAAAAGAAAAAAAUUACUUUUAAUAAUACAAUAAACCAAUUACUUAUAAAAAUUAAUAAUAAAGU